ACCAUGGUCACUAAGUGAAGGGGUUCUGGGUCCAUCCAUCCCCCGGCUGGACGGAGAGCGAGGACAGGAGGAGAGCGGCGAUCGCACGCACAGGAGGGAAUGUUGACCAGGGAGCACCACUGCGGCCGUUUAGAGCAGCAGGAACCGGAGCCCGGGCUGAGCCCAGAAACGCCGGAGCUGAACUGUGGCUCCGCCAGGGUUGCUAGUGGAAGAUGGAGGAGCCAGAGGAACCCGCAGACAGUGGGCAGUCGCUGCCCCCGGGUUACAUCUACAGUCCCCAGUAUGUCAGUUUGUGCGGCUGUGGGUGGGUGGGGGAGGGAUCUGGAGAAAUUCGGGUAGCCGCCAGUAUGGUACAUUCUCUGAUUGAAGCAUAUGCACUGCAUAAGCAAAUGAGGAUAGUGAAACCCAAAGUGGCCUCCAUGGAGGAGCUGGCCACCUUCCACACCGAUGCCUAUCUGCAGCAUCUCCAGAAGGUCAGCCAAGAAGGCGACGAUGAUCAUCCGGACUCCAUAGAAUAUGGGCUAGGUUAUGACUGCCCAGCCACUGAAGGGAUAUUUGACUAUGCAGCAGCUGUCGGAGGGGCUACAAUCACAGCUGCCCAGUGCCUGAUUGAUGGAGUGUGCAAAGUAGCAAUUAACUGGUCUGGAGGGUGGCACCAUGCAAAGAAAGAUGAAGCAUCUGGUUUUUGUUAUCUCAAUGAUGCUGUCCUGGGAAUAUUACGAUUGCGACGGAAAUUUGACCGUAUUCUCUAUGUGGACUUGGAUCUGCACCAUGGAGAUGGUGUGGAAGAUGCCUUCAGUUUCACCUCCAAAGUCAUGACUGUGUCUCUGCACAAAUUCUCCCCAGGAUUUUUCCCAGGAACAGGUGAUGUGUCUGAUGUUGGCCUUGGGAAGGGACGGUACUACAGUGUAAAUGUGCCCAUUCAGGAUGGCAUACAGGAUGAGAAGUAUUACCACAUCUGUGAAAGUGUACUAAAAGAGGUAUACCGAGCCUUUGAUCCCAAAGCAGUGGUUUUACAGCUGGGAGCUGAUACGAUAGCUGGGGAUCCCAUGUGCUCCUUUAAUAUGACUCCAGUGGGAAUUGGAAAGUGUCUUAAGUACAUCCUUCAGUGGCAAUUGGCAACACUCAUUUUGGGAGGAGGAGGCUAUAACCUUGCCAACACAGCUCGAUGCUGGACAUACUUGACCGGGGUCAUCCUAGGGAAAACACUAUCCUCUGAGAUCCCAGAUCAUGAGGUAAGUAAGGCUCUGACAAGUCCCCUCUUCUUUAAGGGGAAGAGCUGAGUCAUUCCACCUAAUCAAAAUCACGUCCUCACCACUCAAUACCGUUUUGUUGAGAGACACUUCAAUAACAAUAACACACUGUCUUGGCAGAAUAGUGGACUCUUGUUUCAAAAUAUCCAAGACCUUCUGCCUUUUUUUA